AUGAGAUACACACAAGCUGUAGUUGAGGACAACGAUUGUUCACGUACCGAUUUGGAUUCGAGACAUCAUAGAGACGAGCAAGUGAAGGAGUAUUCCAUCUGGAUCUUGACGCCCUUGAACCGCCGGAAGUCAGCAGCCCCCGAGCUGCUGCUGUCUGUGAACGACGAUGAGAUUGAGAAGGAGAACCUCCGAGCGCAGAACGCUGCUACCAGCUCCAACACCUUCACGCCCUUCAAGAAGAUGCUGGGGAGCGACUCCAAGGCCAAGAGGCAGUCGUUUGAUGCUGAAGCUACAGUGUUUGGAACUCCCAAGGGAGGGCGUCUCGACGGCGACCGCCUGCAGGCUCUCUACGGUGACUGCAUCAAGCUGGCCAACGAGAACAAGAUCACGCAGAAGAACGCAUGGAAUAUGAACUUGCUCGAUCAUAUCCGCGGCCUCUCCCAGGCAAAGGAGACAGACUUUGUGACAGCGGGCUGCACUUUGGAUGCUGCUGGCAAGAUCUACUCCUGCCGUGUUGACUCUGUGCACAACGAGACCUUUCGGGUCGUCACGGGUCUUACCCGCACAUCUCAGCCCAACGAGGAGGAGCAAGAGGAGGAGGAGAAAGGAUCCGACGAGAGCGAAGCGGAGGGAGAGCAGGAGGAGACCAGCAAGGGGAAGAAGGCCCGCAAGACCCCGAUGCAGGCAAGUGGAGGAGAAGGAGGAGGCCCGGCAUGUAACGGUGGCUAUCAGGGAAGCAACACGAUUGAGAGCAACCCAGAGAGCUUGAUCCAGAAGAAAGUCGACACAGAGGUCAACGUGGACCCUCUCUUCCACAAGAUGUGUAAAGCAUUCGACGAGGGUGGAGCGAGUGAGGAGACCGUCAGCGAGGUUGCCCUCCCUCCUCCUCCCUCGCUCCAAGAGGCUCAACGCGCGCAAGUCGACGAGCCUCCCGCUGCGGACUUCGACGGUGACUGCGACGCCUGCGAUGACGAGGAGGAAGAGACCGAAGCCAUCGCGCUCGAGCAGCAGAUGCUCGCAGAGAUCGACUUGGAGGGGAUGCCGGACGGAGGAGCAGGAGUUCCCCUCGUCUCCUCCUCCUCUUCCUCCAGGGCCUCCAACUUCACUGGAGAUCUCGACCAGCUCGACACCUUCCUGGACUACAACGACGACUACUGCUACUUUAACCGAGACGCCAUGAGGGCCUGGGCCGGGCCCGCCCACUGGACCUUCAAGAAGCAGCAGGCGGCCCCAGCAGCCUCCCAGCAGCCGGGCGAAGUCAGCGAGGUGGAGGCGGAAGCGGGGCGGAAGCCUUCGAAGAAGGAGACGUUCUUCCUUGACCUGCGCUCUCCCCUCCCAGCUGAUGCCCAGAAGCUCAUGUCCAAGAGCAAGGCCAGCACGACCCUUGCUGCCGCUCAGAGGGCAGGAGGAGCCGCAAACUCGCUGCCCCAGGACCACCGCUACAUGCCCGACAGCCUGCGGCGUCUCUUCCUCCGCCCCAGGACGCGUUUCACCCUCAGGGCGAGCAGAUUCCAGAGGGAGGAGGAGGAAGACCGUAUGUCGGAUGGAGACUGCGAUGACGAUGGGACGGGUAUGGAGGCGGUCGGGGAGGAGUGGGACGGGUUGGGCUCGGAAGGGAACGUCAUGCCGGCGCAGCAGGAGGAGGACGAGAGGCUAAAGCUGCUGCAAGCCCCGAGGAGGGCAGAGAAGAUUGAGAUCGGAUACGCCAAGACAGCCAAGAAGAUCGACAUCAAAGCUCUCAAGGAAGACAUAUGGGAAGACCUGCAGGACAAACGAGGAGGCUCCACUGCUACGGUGAAGUUUCAAGAGGAAGAAAGGGUCGCCAAGACGUUCAGCAGCAGCAUCGCCAGCGUGGACACCUCCAAGUACCCUGAAGUCUCCGUCUCCUACUGUUUCAUCUGCCUCCUCCAUCUCGCCAACGAGAAGUCCCUCGCUCUCGUAGGAACUGGGCAGCAGCGGACAGCUGAUCAUGGCUCUCUCUGCGUCGGCGAUCUCAGCGAUCUCAUGGUCAUCGAGGACCCAUGA